AUUUCCUUUGUGAAAAAAAUAAAUUAUAUUAAACAAAUAUGGGUAAAGAUUACUAUGCUAUUCUCGGUGUUCCCAAGAACGCAGACGACGAUCAAAUCAAGAAGGCCUACCGUAAAUUAGCUUUAAAAUGGCAUCCUGAUAGAAAUAAGGAUAAAGCUGAUGUUGCCAAUGCCAAGUUUCAAGAGAUCGGUGAAGCCUUUGAAGUUUUAAGCGAUAAAGAUAAACGUGCCAUUUUCGACCAAUAUGGUGAAGAAGGUCUGAAAGGACGUGCUCCUCCUCCAGAUGCUGGUGGAGCCGGUGGCUUCCCAGGCGGCGGAAAUUUCCACUUUUCUACAGCUGGUGGUCCAGGUGGUGCUAGUUUCCAUCCUUCUGAUGCCGAAGAUAUCUUUAAGCACUUCUUUGCUUCCUUUGGUGGUGGCGGAGGUGGUGGUAUGGGCGGUAUGGGCGGCAUGGGCGGUAUGGGCGGUAUGGGUGGAAUGGACGACGGUGGUAUCCCCGGCUUCUCAUUCUCUACCGGUGGUGGUGGAGGCGGUAUGCCUCGUGGUGCUAGAGGAGGUCGUGGCUUUGGUCAACAACAACAACAACAAUAUGCUCAACCAGCAAAACCACCUGCUAUUAAACGUCCACUUCCCAUUUCUCUCGAAGAUCUCUACAAAGGUGUUGUUAAGCGAUUGAAGGUGACUCGUAAAUUACGUGAUGGUGCUACAGGCCGUCCGGUGUCAGCCGAUAAAAUCUUGACGAUUAAUGUCAAGCCAGGAUGGAAAGCUGGUACAAAGAUCAAGUUUGAAGGCGAAGGUGAUGAACUCGAUAAUGGUCAAGUGCAAGACAUUGAAUUUAUUGUUGAAGAGAAACCUCAUCACCAAUAUAAGCGAGAAGGUGAUAAUUUACGUAUAACCCUUCAAUUGACGCUUGUCGAAGCUCUUACUGGAUUCCGCAAAACUAUCAAAACUUUGGAUGAUCGUACUUUAAGCGUUAAUAAUACCAAGUCUGUUAUUCAUUCUGGACAAGAAUCGCGUGUUGCUAAUGAGGGUAUGCCCAAUUCUAAAACUGGUAGAAAAGGUGACUUAAUAAUCACCUACGAUGUGAAGUUCCCCACAACUUUGACGGAUGAACAAAAAGAAGGCAUUAAGAAAAUUCUCGGUUAAAAAAAAAAUCUAUCACCUCAUUUUGUAUUUUUAAGCUGGUAUUUUUUUUUUUUUUUUUUUUUUUUGCUCAUAAAAAAAGUACAUACACACGCACACAUAUCUCUUUUUUUUCCAUCUAGAUAUCUCAUAAUCCCCCUUCCCCUCCUACCCUCUUCACAAUCAAUGUAUAUAAAUAAUACACUUAUCUUUUUUUUUUUAAAAAAAAAAUUUGAUGUUCCCUAA